AUGCCAGAUGCGGAGAGGCUGGCCCCUGAAAUAAGCUGGUUCCCACCGCGGAUGGGCGGGGCAGGCGGCUCUGUCCCAGCCCAGCCGAGGGAAUCCUGGAAGGCCUGCCCCUUCCAAGUGUCUGCAAGGGGUCUGCUUCCAAGCUCUAAAAUCUUGGGCGAAAGCGCUGCGUGUCCGACCUCUGCUCCUCCCGGCGGUAGCUGCCCUUUCCAAAGUGUGCAGCUGUCUCCUCCCUGCCAGCGCCGCUGUUGCGCCCCGCAUCUCCGCUUGUACCUCCGCCCGCUCUGUAAAGUUGGGCAGCUCCCGGAGCUCGCUGUGCCUUUGCGCUUCUCCCUGCUCGGCCCGCAGCGCCCCCUCCUCCCACGCUCCCUUCCACCAGGAGAAGCGGGUCCCCGCGGGCUGCAGGUGGUGCUGGUUGGGGGCCUGGUGGUAACGCUCCGAACUGAAACUCGCUUUGUGCCCUCAGCCCUGCAGCUCACGGGUGCCCAUGACCUGUCCGCCGGCUCCUGUGCCUUUGAAGAGGGCACGUGUGGCUUCGACUCGGUGUUUGCGUUUCUGCCUUGGAUUUUAAAUGAGGAAGGCCAUUAUGUCUAUGUGGACACCUCCUUCGCCAAGCAGGGGGAGAAAGCCGUACUGCUGAGUUCAGAACUGCAGGCUGAGGAAUGGAGCUGCCUCCGCCUGGUCUACCAGAUAACCACAUCUUCAGGGUCUCUGUCAGGUCCCAGCCAGCUGAACCUCUAUGUGAGAUAUGAGGAUGAAAGCUUUGAUCGCUUGCUUUGGUCAGCUGAGGAACCUUCAGACAGCUGGCUUAUAGCAAGCCUGGAUUUACAAAACAGUUCCAAAAAGUUCAAGAUUUUGAUAGAAGGUAUCCUAGGACAGGGAAACACAGCCAGCAUUGCCCUCUUUGAAAUCAAGAUGACCACCGGCUACUGUAUUGAAUGUGACUUUGAAGAGAACCAUCUCUGUGGCUUUGUGAACCGCUGGAAUCCCAAUGUGAACUGGUUUGUGGGUGGAGGAACUGCUCGGAACUCCCACUCCAUCCUCCCACAGGAUCACACCUUUAAGAGUGAACUGGGUGAGUGUGGAACGCAUGCCUGCUUUUCUCAGGGUGAAUUCUUCUGCCACCUCCUCCUGCCCCCUAGAUUGACCUGACCGUGGCCUCUGUUGGCAGAGUAGGGAGGAGAAGGGUGGGUACCAGGAGCCCAGCUGGAGGAGUAGGGGAGAAUAAACAGGGAGAUCAAGACAGACUGAAGGCAUGAGCUCCAUAAUUCAAGACAAGACCUGUUAGUGAAAGGUUUUACUUUGAAAUUAUUGGGACCUGUGCUGCCACUUUCACUUUCCCAUAUUAUGCUUUAUUUCUUGUCUGUUUGUGGUUUAAUAGCUCUCAUUUCUAAGAGCAAGGCUAGAAUAAUCCCAGGUAACAUUUCUUUAGCACUAGGUUGACAGGUGGGUGUAAAUCCUUGAAAAAGCCUCAAUGACAGCCAGGAGAGCCUAUAGCCGCUGAUUAUUUCUGAAUGUGGUGUUCAACAGCGCCCCCUGGUGGCCAUGUCGGCUGGUUCUUUGCAAGGAAAAUGGGACGGUAAGGCUGUGAGAGAACUGGAGCAGCCUAAAGCCUCCACAAGACGAGCAAGGCUUUACUUGCACGUGGGUUAUCACUGCUGUUGUCUGGACUGAGGUAGAUACUGCAAAAGCCUAAGGCUUCCUACAGUUCCAUAACGUUCCAGUCUUUAAGCCCAAGCUCUUUUCCAAGUAACAGGAAGGUUCUGCUGAUGGGUUGGUUUCCCAGUAAGCAUUCUGUUUUGCUGUAAACAGUUCCUUUUACCUUUUGACCCGCUUUCACGUGGAUACUGAAGUGAACUACUCGGUCCCAGUAGCUUGCUGAGGGUGACAGUGUGACCUCCUGACAGAAGACAUGACCAUUUAUAAAUCCUCGCUGUUUUUCUCAUUCACAAUAGAUCCUCAUCGUCUGAAUGUUUUAACGUGUCACCAGCUGUUUUUCCACAGUGUACAUCCUGCCAUUUACCUUGGCUCUGAGUGUUCUUCAUCUCGACCUUCCCGUCUUCGCUCCCAGUCUCUCUCCCCGUGUUUACUCAGGGUCUCAGGCUCUGGGGCGAGACAGAUGGAGAAAGUAACGUGGGCAGAGUGGAGACGGUACCGAGACCAGCGUCAGUGAGUUUCUGUCCUGUGGUAAUGUGAGCCCAGUUUGC